AUGGCCUCAGCCAUCAGGAAAGUAAACAUGAUCGCCCAGAUCGUGCGGCUGAGGCAGGUCGUCCGCCGCUGGAAGAACAAAAGCCUCACGCGCCGCCGCCCCGACUACGACGACGCGUCGGAGACGGCCCGACGGACGCCGUCCGGUACCGUCGCGGUCUACGUGGGCCGUGAGCGGGCCCGGUUCGUCAUCCCCACCCGGUUCCUGAACCUGCCCGUGUUCGUGGCCCUCCUCCGUCAGGCGGAGGAGGAAUUCGGGUUCCCGGCCGCCGGCGGCCUGGCCCUGCCGUGCGACCCGGACUUCUUCUGGGAGGUCGUACGGCUUCUCGGCGGCGACGAGCGGAGGUUCUCCUGGAUGGGUCUGGACGAGUUCCUCGCCGUGAUUUCGGAGCGCGCCAGCGGUGAUUUGUCGUCUUGUAAAGAUUCGUCGUGCUCGCACGCGUUUGCGCCAUUGCUGCCCAAGGAGAGGGUUUGA